ACCUCGGGGCAUAAACUAAUUAAAAUUAACACUGCAGUGCACGCUUUGACAUAACCCGUUAGAACAGCGGUCCUCAGAUUAUGGCCUGUUUGGUGCCUGCCGGUGUUUUUUCCACCACAACCCUUCCGCAUUUUCCUGCUGCUCUCUGGCUGUGACGUGUCGUGCUGACGGCGGCCUCGGAGCUGGAGGAGCAGGGGGCUGUAGCAUGACAAGAUCUGGCUCCAGACGUCCUGCUUUGCUUUCAGCGGAGCUCCAGAAACAACCCAUAACCCCUCCUUCUCCGCUCCUCUCCGGCCCGCCCAAAUAACACAAAAUUCCCGACUGAAUCCUGCCCGAGUCUGGGGGAACCAGGCGGCCUGGGAAGCCGAGGUGCGGACGGAGGCCAUCCCUGCAGCAUAAAUCUGCGGUCCAGUAACAAAUGCAGUGUGAGGACAAUGGAUGAGGAUGUCACCAGGCUUGCAAUACAUUCUGAAGAGCCUAAAAUAAUAUUACACGGAUCGGAUGAGGGUGGUGCCGGCGGGCAGGAGUUUGUUGUGGAGCUUCAAGAGACUGUGUUGGUGUCAGAAGGCGAGGGGGAAGGCAUGGCAGUUCACAGGUUUGCACCAGACGAGCUAGUCAUCCAGGAUGCUGUUGAGGAUGUGGUUUCUGAAUAUGUGCACUGCGACGAAGAUGAAGAUGUCGCAGUAGAAACCUGCGUGAUGGCUCUUGAUGGUGAUGAGGAAGGUGUUGCCAUGGGUGACAUCCCUGAAGAUGGGCUGGACCCAGACCAGCAGGAGGACGACCAAGAUGGCUGUGGAGAUUAUCUAAUGAUAUCCUUGGACGAAGCUGGCAAAAUGGUGUCAGAGGAUGGAACAGAGGUAACGGUGGAGGGAGCUGUCGAAGACCAGGAAGUGGAGAAGGAUGAGGAUGGGCAGGAAGUGAUAAAGGUGUACAUCUUCAAGGCUGAUUCUGGGGAGGACGACAUGGGAGAAUCGGUUGACAUCAGCGAUGGCGACACGGAGAGUGUGGCGUUAACAGAGUCUUCAGGCCAAACGCUCAGAGAGAAGAUGGUUUACAUGUCUGUCGGGGAUUCUCAUCACAAUCAAGGGAACCAUGGUGGGUCCAAGGUGACUGAUGAGGUUUAUAUGGAGGUGGUGGUAGGAGGCGAAGAGCCAGUAACUCACGACCGCUCGUAUGACAGCGUGUCUCUAAGCAAGGACUUCAUGCCUGUGGCCUGGGCAGCUGCUUAUGGUGCGGAGGAUAGCGAGAGUUGUGAAAACCGAAACGGCGCAGCCAGCGCACUGCUGCACAUCGAUGAAUCUGACGGUGUUGAUGAAAUCAAUAGACAACGCAACAAGAGCAAGAGACGGUCGGAGCCUCGCCAGGUACAGACAGCCAUCAUCAUCGGUCCAUAUGGUCAGCCUCUCACAGUUUACCCCUGCAUGCUCUGUGGUAAAAAGUUCAAGUCACGAGGCUUCCUGAAACGCCACACCAAGAAUCAUCACCAGGAAGUUCUCACGAGGAAAAAGUACCAAUGUACAGACUGUGACUUUACCACCAACAAGAAAGCCAGCCUCCACAACCACAUGGAGGUGCACGCUUUGAGCAGCAAGGCCCCUUUCGAGUGUGAAAUGUGUGGCAAGGAGUUUCACCAGCAAGCGGCGCUGUUCUCUCACAGACUGCAGCACCACCAUCGAGAGCCCAAGAGCCAGCCACCUCCAACGCCGACCAAGAUGCAUAAAUGCAAGUUCUGUGACUAUGAGACAGCCGAGCAAGGGCUGCUCAAUCGGCACUUGUUGGCAGUACACAGUAAAAGCUUCCCCCACAUCUGUGUGGAAUGUGGAAAAGGUUUUCGACACCCUUCAGAAUUGAAGAAACACAUGCGUACGCACACGGGUGAGAAGCCUUACUCCUGCCUGUACUGCGACUACAAGUCAGCCGAUUCCUCUAAUCUCAAGACGCACAUCAAGACUAAGCAUAGCAAAGAGAUGCCAUACAAAUGUGAACGCUGUUUCCAGACCUUUGCAGAGGAGGAGGAGUUAAUGCAGCACGGACUAACACACGAGGAGAAUAAGACCCACCAUUGUGCCCACUGUGAUCACAAAAGUUCCAACUCCAGUGACCUGAAACGCCAUAUCAUCUCUGUUCACACCAAGGAUUAUCCACACAAAUGUGCCAUCUGUGGUAAAGGUUUCCACCGGCCGUCUGAACUAAAGAAGCACUCGGUAUCCCAUCGCACCAAGAAACUCCAUCAGUGCCGGCACUGCAACUUCAAAAUUGCAGACCCUUUUGUUCUCAGUCGCCAUAUCUUGUCUGUCCACACAAAGGAGCAACAGGCCUCUCCUGAAAAGACUGAGUCUAAGAGGACAGAGACACACACUCCUGUAGUGUCACCUAAGAAGUCUGCACCGAGCGCAUCCAGCGCCUCUGGCCAGGCUGGCAGAGUAAGUGCAGCCAGCUUAGCCAGCAGUGUGACUGUAGUUAUUGGCAAAGGACAAAAAGAAAGGAGAAUCUACCAGUGCCAGUACUGUGACUACAGCACCGGUGACGCUUCGGGUUUCAAGCGACACGUGAUUUCCAUUCACACUAAAGACUAUCCGCACCGCUGCGAGAUCUGUUCGAAAGGGUUCCGACGACCCUCGGAGAAGAACCAGCAUAUCAUGCGCCACCACAAGGACGUGGUGCAGGCAGAGUGACUCUGACCGAGCCAAAUACUGUGCCACAACAAAGAACAAUGUUGAAGCACCCAUCACACCCCAAUCUCUGCACCCUCAGCACAACACCAGUCACACUGAAGUAAUGUGGCCUGUGUGCGUGCUGCACUUAGUCCGUUCUGUUGUUUUGUCCUUUUUUGAUCGUCAGCCUAAUGUUUGUUCAGAAAUGUAUACACAUGUACAUAACAUUAAUGGUCUGUCCCGAGUUAGCAACAGAACCCCUCCGUAGACUUGCACUUUUAACUGCAUGUCCCUUUGCUGGUGACAGUGUGCAUGGCAGAUUGUGCAGAUGUCUCUUUGUAGAUAAACAUUUUUUUUACAUUUUGCAGGCAGCAAUCAGGUGUCAAUCACAAUGGUCCUAAUUAUGUGUCUCAAAACUUUGUGAUUUGCAAACAGUUUGCGUCAUUUUGUUAAAAUGUGCUGAACACAGCAGUAUGGAUUAGCAACCUUUUCCCAGUAGCACUUGCCAUCUUGGUAAAGAUCGUGUGUGUGUGUGUGUGUGUGUGUCCUCCCACGAUAACUACUGAUAUAAUGCAAGUACACUUCCAUUAUUCAGAGAUUGGAAUGUAAAAAGAAUAUUCAAAUAUCCUUUUCAUUAAUAAAUCACACAACAAAAAUAUAAUUAAAAUGGGCUCUGAUAACACAAAUGUGCAAUGUCUGAGCAACGCUCAAGUCUUAUGAUAGUAGGAAAACCCUGCUGUUUAUUCUGGAAUCGUGCUAGCUAAAAUGUUGGUGACAUUCUUAUGUAAACAAACGUGCAUGUGAACACAACGGGCAAUAUCGAGGUUAGCAAAAAUGAUUAUGUCCAUAUAUUGUAUGAUAAGUCGUCAACGUAAUUAUCGUGACGGGGGUGUGUGUGUGUGAGAGAGAGAGAGAGAGUGAAUGAAUGACAAACAAAGCAAGCAUCUGUUGUGCUUCCUGGUGCUCCGACCCCACCACUCUGUAACAGUGCUUUUCGUUGUGUUGUUAAAAACACAAGGCUGCCUGUGUACAGCACUCAGAGAAAGGAAACGAUCCUUCUUAGCUUCGUACACACAGGUCUUCUACGAUCAUGGAAUUAACACAAAAUACACAGUGAAAUAGUGGAUGUGUCAUGGUAGUGAAUAAAAGUUCACAUAUGCACCUAAUAUCACGAUGCGAUCAAUACCCUGUCACUUGAUUAUCAUAUACCUAUGAUAUUUCAGUUUUAAGUCAGUAAGUGUACUGUAAGGUGUUCAGAACAAGUGCCCAAAGCAGUGGAGAUGAAGCCCUGACUGACAGUAUUUUUAUCCAAUAAUGCUACCUGGAGAAUGAAAUCCCAUUAAUUUGAAAAGGCUGAUUUUUAAUUUUUUGUGAUGACCAUUAUUCCUGAUGACAAGCUUUUCGGGCGAAUGGAUUCUUUUUCUAUGAACAAGCCAAUCAUGUCAAUAUAGCUAUUAAAUCACAGAAAGCGCUCACAAGCUUUUCACAAACUCACACAAGAAAAGUUCACAUCAGUGUCCCAAUGUAACUGCCCUGAACAGGAAUCAUGCAGUGUAACUGGUGCUGCUGUUAUGAAACUUUGUACUGAACUCUUUGUUUUUCGCCCUCACAGAUGUACUUUUGCCAGUAGAAAGGGAAAAUGUAUAUCUUUUUUUUUUUUUUUUAGACGCAAAUUCAAAAGACAGGUGCUGGUGGUGUACUUGUACUAUGGCUUUUUACCUUUUUGUUAUCACCUGUGAUUAUUCCUGUUUUUAUAUUUAUUUCAUUUACAAGUUGUUGUAUAGUUAAGUGUAACUAGACUUCUAUGGGACGUAAAUUAUUGUUUUGUAUACAAAUCUGUACAAAGCGUGUAGAUGUAAACACUUGAUAAAAGGAAAUCUGAACUGUGUUGUUAUGGAUGUACUUCAACGUAUUUGUUAAAAAAGGUAAUAAAAUCAAAGUAUUUUAGCCGUUUGUGUUCUAUUGGCCCACAAAGAUGUGUUUUACUUAUUGUUAAGUCACUGUUCUGAAUUAAACGGCUGUCUUCGAAGUAA